AUGCUCAUCGUGUCAUUGUCACGUAUCGUGCUGUUAUUAAUCAUCCUUAUAUUGAUUGCAUUUCUAACUAACAAUAGCAAUUGUGAUCAGGAUGAUAAUAGUCGAACACAUAUUCAUCGUUAUUAUCCACCAGAAUUUCGUGCUGCACAUAGUCCAUCUUAUGAUUAUAUCUAUAUACCAGGUGAUAUUUUACUUGGUGGUUUUUUUCCUAUUCAUCAACCACCAUCAAAUGAAUAUGGUUCUAAUCAGUGUACAGCUAUUAAACGUGAACGUGGUAUUCAACGUCUUGAAGCAAUGUUAUUUGCAUUAGAUGUUAUUAAUAACCGAUCAUCUUAUUUAAUGUCUUCGAUGCUUAACAAAUAUAACAUACGUUUUGGUGCAUUAAUAUAUGAUUCAUGUGAUUAUGAAUCUUAUGCAGUUGAACGUGCACUUAAUAUGUUAUUGCCAUCACUUAAUCAAUGUAUGUCAUCACCUAAACAAAAUCAUUCAUUAUCAUUGAUUGCUGGUGUUAUUGGUAGUGCAUCAAGUAUUGUUUCAAUGGCAAUUGCAGAUAUUCUUCGUCUAGCUGAGGUGGUCAGUAUUAUCCAAUUUCUCAAUUGGACUUAUGUUGCUGUUAUUAAAGAAACUGGUUCCUAUGGUGAACGUUUAACAGAUGAUUUUAAAGCAAAACUAAAGAAUAAAACAAUUUGUAUUGCUGGUGAAUUAUCGGUUAAUAUAAAAGAUUCACAUUCUUAUGUACGUGUUAUAAAAGAAUUAUAUGACGAUGAAAAAUAUCGUUUUGUUGUUGGUGUUAUUGUUUUUGCACAAGAAGAUUCGGUUAGGCAAAUACUCAAUCAAACAUCAUCACAGAAAGCAUUAAAUGGUCGAUGGGUUUUUCUUGGUACGGAUGGUUGGGGAAAAAAAUGGUAUCCAGUAGAAAAUUUUGGACGUGCUGCUAUUAAUGCAAUAACAAUAGCUCCGAAAUUAUAUUUAAUUUCAGAAUUUGAUGAUUAUUUUAAUAGUUUAAAGCCAUCGAAAAAUACUCGAAAUCCAUGGUUUCAAGAGUAUUGGGAAGAAACAUAUAAAUGUAAAUUUGAAGAAACACCAAAAACUAUAUUUAAUCAAAAUUAUACACGUUUAUGUUCAGAUAUUGAUAGUACAUAUACGAAUUUAUCUGUACCGUAUUUUCAAGAAGGUUAUGUUCAUUAUGUUGUUGAUGCUGUAUUCACACUUGUAAUUUCUAUACAAAAAUUAAUUGAUGAAAAAUGUCCAAAUUCUUCCACAAUUAAACCAUUAUGUAAAGAAUUUUUCCCAUUUGAUGGAACCAAAUUAAUUUCAAUUUUACGUAAUAUUACUUUUCGUAAUGAAUUAUCAAAACGUAUUAUUAAAUUUACAAAAGACGGUGAUGGUAUUGGAACUUAUGAUAUAUUUCAAUAUCAAAUUAUUAAUUCAACUGAUACACUUGAUUAUUUUACUGUUGGUGAAUUUAGUGAUAGUGAUCAAAGUAAUGAAAGAGUUCGUAUUGAUCUUCAAUCAUUAAAAUGGUUUAAAUAUGAUCGUGAAUCAUUCCAAUGGUCUGAAACAGGGACAACACCUCGAUCGUUUUGUAGUAAAUCUUGUCAUUCAGGUGAAAUACGUACAAAUACAGAUUCUCAACAAUGUUGUUGGACAUGUCGUUCAUGUGAAUUAUUUCAUAUAGCCGUUAAUGAAACAAUAUGUUUACCAUGUUCACAAAAAGAAAUACCAAAUUCAAAUUUUUCUAAAUGUAUACCUAUUGCCGAAGAAUAUCUAUCAAUACAAAAUAUAAUAGCAUGGCCAGCAUUAAUACUUUCAUCAAUUGGUAUUUUAAUGACAAUAUAUACAAUUGUGAUUUUUAUACGUUUUGCUCAAACACCAAUUAUAAAAGCAUCAUCACGUGAAUUAAGUUAUUUUUUAUUAUCUGGUAUAUGUUGUUGUCAUUUAUGUGCAUGGCCACUUAUACUUAAACCACAUUUAUUAACAUGUUUAUUUAUACGUAUUGGUGUUAGUUUAAGUUUAACUAUAUGUUUAGCUGCACUUUUAACAAAAACAAAUCGUUUAGCACGAAUAUUUAAUAAUAGUCAACGUUUAACACAACCAUCAUGUCUUUCACCACGUUCACAAUUAGGUAUAUGUGGUGGAAUUGUUAGUGUACAAUUAAUAGGUGUUAUUCUAUGGAUAAUUAUAUCACCACCAGCAAUUAAAUUAAAACCUGAAUUAAAACAUAAUCAAAAACGUUUAAUAUUAGUUUGUCAAACCGAUAAUGAAUAUAUAGCUUGUUCAUUAAUUUAUAAUAUGAUACUUGUUAUAUCAUGUACAUUAUAUGCAAUUAAAACACGACAUAUACCAGAAAAUUUUAAUGAAGCUAAACAUAUUGGUUUUGCUAUGUAUUCUAUAUGUAUUAUUUGGUUGGCAUUUGUACCGAUAUUUUUUGGUUUAAGAAGUAGUGAAAACUGGUUUCGUAUUCAAUUGGUUAGUCUUGCUAUUUGCCUUAGUUUAUCAGCUACUGUUAUACUUUUAUGUUUAUUUGCACCUAAAUUAUAUAUUGUUCUUUUUAAUCCGUCCAAAAAUAUACAUGUGAAAUUUAAAACAACAUUAUCAACUCCACAACCCUCACUUGAACGUCCAAGUACAAGUAAUAAUCUUGAUGAAUUAGCGGCAGCUGCUAAUCGUCGUCGGCGGCAUACGUCAACAGAUUAUACAACUGAAGUUUCAUUAUAUACUUCAAAAUCUGAUAGUUCAGCUUUGAAUUUAAAUGAUGAAGCAAUUCAAACAAGUAGUGUAAUUGGUGGUAGUUCAAUUUUAAAUGGUGCAUGUACCGAUGCUGAACGACAUCAACAAUAUCAACAUUCAUGUACACAUGAUGAUGAAACAACAGAGUUUUUAUCAAUAUCUAAACAACGUAUAGCAUCAAAUCAUCUUCAACAUUCGCCAUUUAAACCAGUAUCAUCAAAUUUAGUUAUAGCAGCAGAAAAUCCAUGGAAAAAAUUAAGUAAUGUUCGAUAUAAACUUGAUGGACAUGAUAAUAAUCAACGUAAUGAAACACAUUAUCAUCAUGUUCAUGCACAACAUAUCACUUUUGUCUAA